AUGGAGCGCCCGAGACUUCCCCAUGCGAGCAGCCUUCAUAUCCGGACUCUACAACCUCACCGAAUCUGCCGCAUUCAACUGCCCCGCCUCAAACUGCACAUACCCAAACUACGACUCCAUCGGAAUAACCAGCCAGUGCACCAAGGUCACCUCUCAGACGACACACAAUCUUGCAACACCACCACCAAUGGCUACGUGGACAUCUGCACCUACAAGACCCCCUCCAAUUACACCCUCUCCGCGUAUUCCACCUCUGACGCACCCAGUGGCUUCCAAUUCACUCAAGCCAACACCAGCAUCAACACUUCCUACUCUUACGUUCUAGGCCCGGAACUCUUCAGUAUGGCAUUGAUUCGCUUCCCCUACGAUGACACCAGCGAAGAAGCUACAGAUGCAUGGUUAAAGACCCGGCAGGUCUACGAAUGCUCCAUCAGCCUCUGCGUGCACACGUACUCGAACUGGACCGUCACGAACGGAACGAUCAACCCCGGCAAUAUAUCCACCACCGAGGUGAAAUACAACGGAUCCAGCCCGGUCCUGAACUACACCACGAACACAAACAGCAAUAGCAGUAACUCAUCGACAACCUUCGCCGCCAAUAUGUUUGAUACAACCCUCAUGUACGAGAUCCUCGCCGACAUCUUCGACCUCUCCACCAACGCCGCCUCUGACAUCCCCGCCACCAUUCAUUGGUGCUACUGUUGGGGUUGA